AUUGAAUCAUCCAAUGAUGAAAAUCUAGUUCCUGCUGUGGUUGCCUUACAAGAACGAUGUCAAUAUAUCUUACGUGAUUGUGCUAAUCGACAAUUGGAAGGUCUUUAUCGCUUUACACAACCUUUGACUGCGGAAUCAGUGUUUUUGGACAAGUUACUGAAGAAUCCUACAGCCAUCAAACAAAAGUAUAUUCAAAGUACCAAUCUAAGUUAUCUUGAAGCUGUUCAUGAUGCUAUGAAUCAAACUGGUCCUCUGGAUGAUAUUAUGCGGUCUGUAGCAGUUCCUCCAAAGAAUGGUCAAUGGAUGCCAUUAGCAACUAUGUUACGACGACAUUCUCUCAAAGUGGAUUUGGUAGCAGAACAAGAACGUGUUUGGAUCAAAGUUAUUGCUCGGAACACAAAGGCUUUUAGACUUGACAUGGCUGGUAUGGAGAACAAUAUUAUUGACGACGAUGACGACUUGAAUGACUUUGACGAUGACAAUAGUGAUAUUAGUGACAUUGAUGAAAGUAGCAAGGCAGGCAUUGUGAAUGUAGAGGCUCCAUCGUUUGAUGAACUUCCCAUUUUCAAGAAGGCUCGUGCUUACUUGACAUGUGCUCAGGCUCAUUCUGUACAUUUCAAGACUCCCAUUGUUGUGUUUGCUUUUAUGAGGAUUCAUCGCGAUCAAGACCCUUUUGUACAACGGAUCAUGGAUCAACUGGAGCACAUGGGAAUUUGUAUUUAUCUUCAAGAUCAACAAGAUAUACGGUCAACUUAUAUGCCUGUGAUGAAACAAGUGUUUGGAGUGGGUCAAUUACCGAAAUUAGAUGCCAUGUAUGCUUUGACGACACCCAAACUCAAUCUAGAUGUUAGUACAGUAUUGGCUAUGGUAUCAGAACUCUCUCAUCAUGUAUGUGGCGUGGAUCAAGUGGAAGGCGAAGCUUUACAAUUGCAAGCAGCUCAAGAAAUGACCGAACCUAUUAUUCCUCAACUAGAACGCAUUCUCCAUGGUAAACAAUUGUUUAUGACUCAAAGUGCAUUUGAUAGAUUGGAGAGUAUCAUGGCUGUGGUGGCUGGACCUAUGGAAAAACAACGAUAUCAUUAUUUAUUCCCCUCGACGUCAAACGACAACAAUAAAAGCAAUCCUCAUGUAUGGACAUCAUUGACACCUCCAUCGCCCAUCACUGUUAUACCCGAUCAACCAACCACUCGCUUUACACAACUAUUGGAACCUCCUAAAGGUGGAAUGAUAUCAAAACUCAAUAAUGGAAGAAAAAUCAGAUCUCGCUUCUCCUCUUUUCAUGCUAUUAUCUUUGGAACGGCUGAUCACCAUCAAAUGACCACCAUUACUGCUAUUCAAUGGAUGCCCACAGCAUUGGCAGAAGCUGGAUUGCUUGGCUCAGCUAUCAUCACUCAUCCUCCUCGAUCCUUGGCAGAACAAAAGAUGCAUACCAGCAAUGAUUCAUAGUCGUUUAUGAUUCAAUUAGAAGAAAAAACCACGUAAAAUUUGUAGAUAGUGGGAAUUUUUUUUUUAUCAAAAUAAAAUAUUUUAUUUAUUUAUUGAUGUUGUCUCUUUCAUGAUUUCCAUCACCUUUCUAUCACUUCAUGAUUUUUUUUUUAUUUUUGUUAAUAAAUGUAUUCUUCCA